UUCUUCUUUGCUUUACUUCAUAGUUUCUUACAUGUAACAUUUCAACACCUCUAAAGUAAGGCAAAGAAGAACCUGGUUUCCUUGAGCUGUUUUCCAAGAAAUCCUAUCAAUUUGCUACUUGUUUUCUUCUCACCUUUACAAAAAUAUAAUACACACAGUGUUUUACCUGCAAACUGCCAAGAUGUCCAAGGUAGCAAAAUACAGAAGGCAAGUCAGUGAGGAUCCAGAUAUUGACAACUUACUAUCCACUUUGUCUCCAGAGGAGAUGGAAGAACUAGAAAAAGAACUGGAUGCAUCCGAUUCAGAUGGAACCAUUCCUGUGGAACUCCAGCAGAAAGACCAAACUGACAAGCAACCUAGUGGCAGAUACAGUCGAGAGCCAGUGCUCAGCUCACGUGAAAAGGAGACCAAGAAAAGCAUUCAGAGGGAACAGUCAAUGGAUGAAGAGAAAGCAGCAGAGAAGAAGAAAGAAGCAAAAUUUCUUGAAGGAAAACAUAAAGAAACUCAAAGCAGAGAUCUUGGAAAAAGUAGAGUGUCUGCUCUGGAAAAAGAGGGUGAAAAAUUCAAAAAUGUUCUGAAAACACACCAGAAGGGAAAGGGUGAACCUGAUAAUAAAAAGAAAACUGGACAAGCCAAAGAAGAAAAGCCUUCUAAGGAUGAAAAGAAGAUCUCCAAGGACAAAGACAAAGCCACAGUGGUGGACAGAACUACAGCAGCCAAACUGAGAGGGGAAGAAAAAAGCACAACAUCAAAGCACAAGUCAGAAGAAGAGAAAGGAAAAGAAGAGAAGGCAGCAGGGUUGAAAAGAGGGACUGAGAAAGAUGGAAAGAAGGAAGAUAAAAAGGAAUGUGACAAAACAGGAGAAAAAGGUUCAGCUUCAAAGCAAGGUUCAGAUAGAAAGAGGGAAGAUAAGCAAGAACUGGAGAAAAAAGGAGAAAAGGGUUUAGCUUCAAAGACAGACUCAAAAGCUGAGAGUGAGGAGAAAUCACGAACAGACAAGAAAGGGACUUCCGAGGCAAAACCCACUAUGUCAGAGCAAGGGAAAACAUUAAAGGAGACCACUGAUAGCAGCCCCGUGAAAUCCACAGACAAUUCUUCUAGCCAAAGCAAGGAAGAGGAAGCCACCAGCAUCUUUGAUGAACCCUUGGAAAAAGUUAAGAAUAACGACCCUGAGAUGGUAGAGAUCAAUGUCAAUAACUCUGACUGCAUCACCAAUGAGAUCCUGGUGCGCUUUGCUGAGGCGCUCGAGUUCAACACCAUCGCCAAGGUCUUUGCCCUGGCCAACACACGUGCUGAUGAUCACGUUGCGUUUGCCAUCGCCAUAAUGCUGAAGUCAAACAAAACAUUGACUAGCAUAAACCUUGACUCCAAUCACAUCACAGGCAAAGGGAUCCUAGCCAUCUUCCGUGCACUGCUGCAGAACAACACCCUGACAGAGCUGCGCUUUCACAACCAGAGGCACAUCUGUGGAGGGAAGACAGAGAUGGAGAUAGCCAGUUUGCUCAAGGAGAACACAACCCUCCUGAAACUGGGUUACCACUUUGAGCUAGCCGGGCCCCGCAUGACAGUCACAAACCUCCUGAGCAGAAACAUGGACAAGCAGCGACAGAAACGCCUGCAGGAGCAGAAGCAGGCUCAAGAGAAGGCAGAGAAGAAGGACUUUCUUGAGGUGCCAAAGGCAGUAGGCGUACCAGCUGGGCCAUCUAAACCUUCUCCCAAACCCUCCCCUCAGUCUUCCCCUAAAGUUCCCAUAAAGAAAGGUGGGGCCCCAAAUGCCCCUCCUCCUCCUCCACCUCCUCUGGCCCCUCCCCUAGCCCCUCCUCUGAUCAAUGAGAAUCUAAGGUUGUCUCUCUCUCCGGCAACUCAGAGGAAGAUGGUGGAGAAAGCUCUUCCUCCACAGGAGAAGAACUCCAGAGACCAGCUGUUGGCUGCCAUUCGCUCCAGCAACGUUAAACAGCUGAAGAAGGUGGAAGUUCCCAAGUUGCUCCAAUAGUGAAUGGAAGCUAGACUUCCUGGAAGGACGAAGUUACCAAGGCUGAAUCACUGUGUUUGUUUCUCGGGUGACUGUUUACAUGAGAAAAACUCAGCAGGAGCACAAGCGUGCCCUGCACCAGUCCCAGAUGAGCAGCGUUCUCUAUGGGAUUGAAUCAGAUGGAUGAAAUGAAUGGGCUGCCAAGGAGGCAUUAUGUCAGGAAGAAGCCAUAUUUAUUUUUAGUGUUUUUUAAUCCUGAAACGUCUUUUUUCCUGAAAGGAGGGGUCUGCAAAAGAUCAGAGUGCGCCUGGGUGGUUGUCCUGCUUUCCUUGUGGUAGUUUAGAGAGUAAAGCGGCAGAUAUGCUAUGUCUUGAAGGAGUCUGUAUGUGGAGCAUCUCUGCUUAUCUUGCCAAUCACCAGACAACACCACUGCAAUCACUUGCCACUUGAAUAUAUCCAGGAGCCAAGUCACGCUGGAGCAGCAGCACCUUGAGAAAGAGACUGGACCAAUCUCCAGCACAGAAAGAGUCCAAAGGAACUAGCACCACGGUCUUGCCAUUUGCUGCUAGGUCUAACUAUCAGCACUACUGUCACCCUGCUUGGAAUAUAAUGAAGGCAGAGGAUUUGGGGAGAAAUCACUGGGUCCAAUUCAAUGAUUCAAUGUCCCUGUGAUCUCAAGGAUUCUUUUCCUCCAAUAGUGCAAAGACAGACUUGCACAGGCCAAGAUUUCAUUUUUUCCCAGACGAGGUGCCCAAAGCUCUAUAUGUGUCUCUCUAUUUUGUGUAUUCAGGGCUUUUUGUGGUAUCAUGAACCUAGCUGUAAGCGAGCAUGUGGCUGAGCAGAUAUGAAACCAAAUGAAUCAUGUGGCUGUGGGGUGGGACUGUGUGGGGCUUGCACCUCUGAAAUGAGCAGCAUUAUCUCAGCUAGCUUUGGGACCUCUAAUCUUAAAGACCUGUUGGGAAGGAAAGAGCAAUUUAAGGUUGUUCAGGUUCAAGAUGUGACAGAAGAAAGCAAUGACUGCUGUGGGUGUUAUGUUACUGACAUCCUUCUAGCACUUAGCUUCAACUGUAUCACCACAAGCAAAGCACCAAUAACCUAGGAGAUAACAGGACACUCCUGCUUCAUAAAUGCCAGAGAUCUCAUUUGCUGAAGGCAUAGGAAAAGACUUUUGGGGACCAGAAGGUUUCUGUUGAUGCUGAUUUAAAGGGAAAGAGGGACUCCAAAGGGGGAGGCAUGUAUGCCCUGUAGGUCACUGUCUUCUAAACGCUGGUCAACAAGGCAUGGCAGGUGGACUGAGAGGAUGCUAUGGCCUCCAGCCAACCUAUGUGCCACCUUCGUCUCCCUGUCAAUCCUCUUUCCAGGUCAGUGAAGACCUAUUUGUACAUUACAUUUACAGCAUAAUAGCCUCAAAAUACAUCCUUGUGGCUGGAUCUCAUACUGUAGUGGUAACAUACAGAUAUUCAGCAUUGCAUGGGUAGCCUGGAUCACAACAGUAUUUCCCAUAGCAGCACUAGUGAUCCUGGUGGAGGGACACUAGCAAGAGAAGUGCCCACAUAAUUCAGGCUACCCAUGUGAUGUGGAGGAACAUCCAUCUGAUUGGGCAUUUGGCUCAACCACAAGGAAGCAGCUUUGAAGCAGCAAAUAUACCACAAAGGGGACAUGUGAAGUUUGACUGAGAGAGGAAGAGUGACUACUGCCAUCAUUGGUGUGGUGGUAAUUGCUGAAUAGCUGUUUGUGUCUCAGAGCUAAGGCAUACAAGUUGCUUCCCCUCUAGUUGAAUGAAGUAGGUGACACAGAUGCCAGGCAUGAAUUGGGCAAGGACAUAGAGGCUGACCUCCACAUUUCACAUACAGAGGAAUAUGCAAAAGCCCAGCCCACAUAAUCAGGGAUGUGUUAUUCUGAUUAAAGGCACAGUUUCCAGGGAAAACCUCAGCGCUCCUGUGCAUAGGAAUGGAUAGUGGAUAGCACCAAUCACAAACCAGUUAGAUGAAACUCAGCGUAGUUCCAAGUAUUGAGCUUAAUUACUUAGACUCAGACUGUACAUUAAAAAACAAAAUGAUACAUUUGUAUGGCUACAAGAGUUUAAUAUAUGAAAGGAUAUAUCUAAUAUAACUAUGAGGGGAGAUUGUAAAUUUGCACACAAACGGCCAAAGCAUGUCUGCACAGAGACGAAGUGGUGCAGACACAAACAACUAGAAAGAGAUUCACUCUCUUGUCUAUUUAAAUCAACUUCCAAAUCUGGACAGCCACUCAUGGUUCCUCUGAAGCAUGAUAGAUGCCAAGGAGCAGGUAGGCCUCUCGCUCUCUCACAGGCUGCAUAUGUCGGUGUCCAUCCUUCUCUGUGGGAUGAGUACUAGAUUAGGGUGUUUGCAGAGAUCUUUGCUGCUCAACAAGCCCCCUUUCCUUUGCCAAAUGAACACGCAAACUGUGAACGUAGACUUCCUCGUUAGCAUCCAUAAGGGAAUUUAUGUAGCACGACCAAGAGAAUUGUCUUCAUUCUGUUUUGAAAGGCAUGUUUUUAUAAUAGGGAGCAAAGCCCCACUCCUGAAUAAGAAAGUGAUACUGGUUUUACAUUUUUAGCACAUUUGGGAAAGAAGUAGAAGAGAAACAACACAAGAAACAAAUCUCUUGAGCAAAGGAGCUCAGAUGCAGGCACUGCUGCAGUUUUAGUUUCCAGCUCUGUAACUUGCAAAGAUAAAUUCCAAUUGCAGUAUGUACAAAAUCACCCACACCUUCAUUAAUAAAGCUCAAAAAUGCU